AGGUUUGCGCUGCCCGUGCAAGAAGAAAACAGGUGGAUGGAUAAAUAAGCAUGGCCUUGCUCCUGGUCUCCUUGCUGGCACUCCUGGGCUCAGGAACUGGAUGUCAUCACUGGCUCUGUCAUUGCUCUAACAGGGUCUUCCUCUGCCAAGACAGCAAGGUGACGGAGAUUCCAUCUGACCUCCCCCGGAACGCCAUUGAACUGAGGUUCGUGCUCACCAAGCUUCGAGUCAUCCCAAAAGGAUCGUUUUCUGGAUUUGAGGACCUAGAGAAGAUAGAGAUCUCUCAAAAUGAUGUCUUGGAAGUAAUAGAGGCAGAUGUAUUCUCCAACCUACCCAAGCUGCAUGAAAUUAGAAUUGAAAAGGCCAACACUCUGCUGUACAUCAACCCCGAGGCCUUCCAGAACCUCCCCAGUCUACGAUAUCUGUUAAUAUCCAACACAGGCAUUAAGCACCUACCAGUGGUUCAUAAGAUUCAGUCUCUUCAAAAGGUUCUAUUAGACAUUCAAGAUAACAUAAACAUCCACACCAUUGCCAGGAAUUCCUUCAGGGGACUGAGUUUUGAAAGUGUGAUUCUAUGGCUGAAUAAGAAUGGGAUUCAGGAAAUACACAACUGUGCAUUUAACGGAACCCAGCUAGAUGAGCUGAAUUUAAGCGAUAACAAUAAUUUGGAAGAAUUGCCUAAUGAUGUUUUCCAGGGAGCCUCUGGGCCAGUCAUUUUAGACAUCUCAAGGACAAAGGUUCAUUCCCUGCCCAGCCAUGGCUUAGAAAAUCUGAAGAAGCUGAGGGCCAGAUCCACUUACCGCCUGAAGAAGCUUCCUAGUCUGGAAAAGUUUGUCACCCUUGUGGAGGCCAGCCUUACAUACCCCAGCCACUGCUGUGCCUUCGCACACUGGAGACGGCAAAUCUCUGAACUUCAUCCGAUUUGCAACAAAUCUGUUUUAAGCCAAGAUGUUGAUUAUGCGACUCAGGCUAAGGAACAGAGCAUCUCUCUGAUAGACGAUGACCCCAGUUAUGAAAAAGAUUCUGACAUGAUGUAUAGUGAAUUUGACUACGACUUAUGUAAUGAAGUCGUUGCCGUGACCUGCUCUCCAAAGCCAGAUGCAUUUAAUCCAUGUGAGGAUAUCAUGGGAUACAACAUUCUCAGAGUCUUGAUAUGGUUUAUUAGCAUCCUGGCCAUCACUGGGAACAUCACAGUGCUGGUGAUCCUGACCACCAGCCAAUACAAACUCACCGUGCCCAGGUUCCUGAUGUGUAACCUCGCCUUCGCUGAUCUCUGCAUUGGAAUCUACUUGCUUCUCAUAGCAUCUGUUGAUAUCCAUACCAAGAGCCAGUACCACAAUUAUGCCAUUGACUGGCAAACAGGAGCGGGCUGUGACGCCGCUGGCUUUUUCACCGUCUUUGCCAGUGAACUCUCAGUCUAUACACUGACAGCCAUCACUCUGGAAAGGUGGCACACCAUCACCCAUGCCAUGCAACUGGAACGCAAGGUGCAGCUCCGCCAUGCUGCCAGCAUCAUGGUGAUGGGCUGGAUCUUUGCCUUUGCAGCUGCUCUCCUCCCCAUCUUCGGAAUCAGUAGCUACAUGAAAGUGAGCAUCUGCUUACCCAUGGAUAUUGACAGCCCUUUGUCGCAGCUGUAUGUGAUGGCCCUCCUUGUCCUCAAUGUCCUGGCCUUUGUGGUCAUCUGUGGCUGCUAUACCCACAUCUACCUCACAGUCAGGAACCCUAACAUCGUGUCCUCAUCAAGUGACACCAAGAUUGCCAAGCGCAUGGCUACACUCAUCUUCACUGACUUUCUCUGCAUGGCUCCCAUUUCUUUCUUUGCCAUUUCUGCCUCACUCAAGGUGCCCCUCAUCACCGUGUCCAAGGCCAAGAUCCUCCUCGUUCUGUUUUACCCCAUCAACUCCUGUGCCAAUCCUUUCCUUUAUGCCAUCUUCACCAAGAACUUCCGCAGGGAUUUCUUCAUCCUGAUGAGCAAGUUUGGCUGUUAUGAAAUGCAAGCCCAGAUUUAUAGGACAGAAACCUCAUCCACUGCCCACAAUUUCCAUGUAAGGAAGGGCCACUGCCCCUCACCUCCCAGAGUCACCAAUAACUCCAGUUACAUGCUUGUUCCUCUAAGUCAUUCAGCCCGGCAAUAAAAUGCAAUGUGAAAAUGGAUCAUCACCUUGAAUGGCAAUGACUUCCUUCUGAAGAGUAGGCCAGGGAAUAGCUGGCAGUGUUUCUACACUUGCAUCUAAUUUCAUCUUCCUGGCUCUGCGCACGGCAAACUGAUCAGGAACUUAACUCACGUGACUCCUUUAAGAACUACAUUAUUAGUAACGGCAAUUAAAGUAAAGCCAUACUGCAGCACGCUUGUUUCCUGCUUCUGUUUGGAUUGUCUCAAUCGAUUUUGUAAAAAUCAUGUUCAGGAGGCUAAGUGGGGACUUGUCCUAGAAUUUUACAGUGAGGAAAACAAGACUCUCAGCAACUUGUCUGAAACCGCUUGAUGUAUUAGAAGCAGAGCCAGGAUGAGGUGAUCCGACUUUUCCGGAAUUUCCAAGAGAAACGCCGCAGCAUCGUGCAAAUAUUUAUUGAAUACCAUGACAGCUUUGUAAUGGGUCAGGGUGUCUGGGCUCAACUACAUCAUCCAGAAACCCCUCCUUGGGAGUUUCGAGUUAGGGUGGGCCACCCAGAGAAUUCUUAGGAAGACAUAACAUCAAAAAAGCAGUAGCUGUACCGUGGUCAACACUACAUUGCAGAAACUGAUUCCACCAAGGCAGUCAAGGCCUCAUGGUGGGGGAUCACUCUACUUUCCCCUGGAUCACCUUUUGAGCUCUCUGAGUGAGUUCGGGGGCACCUGUGUGUUUUUAGUAGUAUAGUGAAGCACAAAACUUCUGUAGGAUAUUUUAUCACCAAGGUCACAAGCAACAAGAACAGAAAUGGGUUCAGUAUAUAGGGCUAUACCUUUGUAUCUGUUGAGUGUAUGCUCACGAUCUUUCCUUUAUGAGGACGUAUGCCCUGAGGACACCGAGCGCCAACAUCAGAUGUGAGGACAACAUCCUUCCACACCCUGCUUAGGCAGCCUCCCAAAUGUGGGAGAGACAAUUCCCCGUAACAAAUAUUUACCACCUACAUAUAUUUGCAUUCAUACAUAUGUAUGAUUGCUUCUGCUCCUCUGGCUGAACAUUUUCUAAUGGAAAAUACACCUAUUAUAUGCAUGCAUAUAGAUUACAAUGUUAAGGGCGCAGCAGCUUUGAAAUCAGAAGAUUUUAUUUUAUUCAGAUUCUGUAAUAAGCCAGGACCCAUGGUCUUCAGGCUCAGCCUCUUCCCCUGCAAAUGCACCAGCUGUAUCUUGAACCUCUAGUCCACAGUGAGGAGGAAGCAAGCACUUACAAAGUGCCUCGUGCUGCAAUAACUUUAACAUCUAUUAGUUUGCUUCUCACCUCUCCGAUCAGUUCCUAAGCGAAACCAGCUCACCUGGCCCUCAGUCUAGAAUUUUUCCUGUUAUCAUUUAACGUCUUGAUGGGGUUCGUUUCCUCUACCUCUGAAAGAAUAAAAAAGACAGGAAAAAUCUUGAGCACUACAGGUAGCGAGCGACCGAGGAAUUCUCGGACUCGGACAAACAGAGUCAGCUUGUGGAGAAAGGCUUUUAGUGGGCGGGGGAAACAUACACAGCAAACAUGCGAGGGAAAGACCCUCUGUGGAGGAGAGGAGACACUCAGAAGCCUGGGGUUUGGUGUCUCCUUGGGCCAGGGGGGUUUAAGGAUCUUUGAGAGGUUUUCUUCCCCGAACGUAGGGUUGAUUUGUUUGACCUUAAAGACAGAGCGGCUAACAGACCCACAACUUUGGAAUAAGCUUUUCUUGAUCCCACCUCGAACUUGUCUAGUGUCAGGAGAAAAAUUCCACCAGGGCUUGACGCCUUUGUUUCUCGUUAGGAACAUGACGAAGAAUGUGGAAGUCUGUCGUGUUUAUUAUCUAUUCGUAACACCUUUUCCUGUCUGUCUGUCUGUCUGUCUGUCUGUCUCAAUCAGUCAGGGGAUCUGUCUAACUCCUAGCUCUUUCAGUCCAUUGUACUACAGCAAUACUGAAAACUGAGCAUGCUACCCACACCUGUCCACAGAAAUAAGCCUACUGGAGGAACUAGACCACACAGAACCACCGCAAAUCCCUCUAAGCACUGUGCAGGUCUACAAAGGUCCGAGCACCAUGAAUAGCUGGGUAUG